CGAGCAGGAGCAGCAGGAGGAGGAGGACGAGCAGGUGCGGCUGCUGUCUUCCUCCCUGACCGCCGGCUGCAGUUUGAGGAGCCCCUCCAGCCGGGAGGCGGAGCCCGGGGAGGAUCGGACGAUACGUUAUGUCCGAUAUGAAUCCGAGCUGCAAAUGCCCGAUAUCAUGAGACUGAUCACCAAAGAUCUGUCCGAACCCUACUCCAUUUAUACCUAUAGAUAUUUUAUCCACAACUGGCCACAGCUGUGUUUCUUGGCCGUGGUAGGGGAAGAGUGUGUAGGUGCCAUCGUUUGCAAGUUGGACAUGCACAAAAAGAUGUUCCGCAGAGGUUAUAUAGCCAUGUUAGCCGUGGAUUCCAAAUACAGGAGAAAUGGCAUUGGUACUAACUUGGUUAAGAAAGCUAUAUAUGCCAUGGUUGAAGGAGACUGUGAUGAGGUUGUUUUGGAAACAGAAAUAACGAAUAAGUCUGCUUUGAAACUUUAUGAAAAUCUUGGUUUUGUUCGAGAUAAGAGGCUGUUCAGAUACUAUUUAAAUGGAGUUGAUGCACUGCGACUUAAAUUGUGGCUGCGUUGAGAAACUGACAUCAAGGAACAACUCUUCAACCACUCAGAAUCGACCUUUGCAUGCAAUGCAAUUUGUACAGAAUUGCUUUGCAGGUGGAUUUAGUAAUUUCCAUGCAGUUCUUAUCUGUCAGUGUCUCAUUGAGUGUCGCACAACAUUUGUUGCACUUUGGCAUGGCGCAUUUGUUCUGAAUUAAAAGAGAUUGUUUUAAACUUAAAGAGUUUUUUUGGUACCAGCAAGAUGUGCCAGUUGAUAGCCAAGAUUUGUUUGUUCAUUUGCAAAGUCUGCUGACAAUGUAAUUAAUAACAAAGUGAUCAUUUUACCACAGAACCAGUAAGUGGAACAUUAUUUUUGUUCCUUAAAAAAGCCAAUGUAGAUUGUAAAAAUCUCUAAGUAUACUAACAUUUCACAUGAAACCUGUCAUAGUUUUCUGAAGGAGGUAGGGGGAAAGCUUCAAUUUUAGGUUUUAUUUUUUCAAUAUUAAAUUUUCCAUUCUUGAAUAUUGGUACCUCAGUGAUUAGUGAAUGAAAAAUUUAGGGUUGGUUGUGUCUUACAAUGAGUAAAGAUAACAAUUAAAUUGCGUCUGCCAGUGCUUGUGUAGAUAAGUAUAUUUGUCUUCAUCUCUAGUUUUUUAAUGCAUGCUACCUUUUUCUUUUCUUUUUUUAAGGCCUUUGCAAGCAAACUUUUUUUUUUAAUUUAAAUUCUAAAUUUGAUAAUAAAUUAUUUCAGAUUUUUAUAAUUUGGAUAUUUUUUCCAGGUGAGUGACAGAGUGGUUUACUUUACAGUAAGAAGUUGAAUUUACUCGGAAAAUCUUUUGAGAAAUGGCUCCAAAGGGGAUAAGAAAGUUGGUGGAGCUGGGAAUUGCUGGGUUUUGGAUGCACUUUUUUUUGAGAGUGAGGGAAUUUUUGGAAAAGAAUAGAAAAUUAAUGUAAACUGAUAUGAUUUUAUUUAAUCAAAAUUAUUGCUAAGCUGUGAAGAACAGCUUUUACAAUGUAGGUGGAAGUUUUUUCCCACUUGAUUAGGAUUCACAUUGCUUUCAUUUCUUGAAAUGUUUCACUUUUGGUUCUUGGUCUCUUAAGGUGCAUUGUAUCCACUUUAAACUGAUUUUAUUUACUUUCCACUUAUUUGAGCAAAUACUUGGGGGAACUUUGCUUAGUUCCUAGAAAAACAAAAGUGAGAAAUGGAAUUUUUUUUUGGAAUGAGUGCUUAUGGGUUUUCAAUAGCCAUCAGUUAGCUCAUAACUUAAAUUGUGUUUCGGCCAGUCUGCACUAUAACAAAUUUUAAAAUUAAUUGCUUUCAAUUGAGUCAGGAAACCUGUGAUGAUAAUUUAUUUAACUGGAAAACCUAGGUACCCAUGGGAAAAAAAAUUCAUUCUCUGUGAAAAAUGUUUUAUAGGAAACUAUGCUUUUUUCUUUCAUUUGGAUAUGCUUUACUUCUUCUCUAGUAUUUGGUUUGAAUUUUAUUUUAUGACUAUGAUUACUGUAUUUUUUUUAAAACCCUACCUCCAUUAACAGUUGGUAAAAGCCCCCUUUCAGGAAAGUUUGUUGUCCUUUUUUUUUUUUAUUUUUUUAAAGGAAAGCUGCUCUUUGCUCAGUGUAAUGUCUUGAAAGUGAACAUGGUAACAAGUACUUUUAAAAUAAAGAUAUACAGAUUUGGUGAAAAUAAAU